CGGCUCGCGCGGCUCUUUCUUCCUCUGACUCUGCCUAAAUCCCACGAUUUUGUUAGCAAAUGGCUUUUCGGACUACUAAUGUUGAACAAAAUUUCUCGUAACUUAAAUUGCACCAGUUAUUUCAGAUUUCUCCCAAAAGUAAUAAAUGGCGGCGUUGCGGGUAUUGUUGGCGUUACUUGCGUCUUUCCUAUUGAUUUGGUCAAAACCAGACUGCAAAACCAGCAAGAAGGUUCUAAAUUAUAUAAAAACAUGUACGAUUGCGCUAUAAAGACAUACAGGGCAGAGGGGUUUCUUGGCAUGUACAGAGGCAGUGCUGUGAACCUUUUGCUGAUAACCCCUGAGAAAGCUAUUAAACUUGUAGGAAACGAUUUUUUUCGGCAUCAUUUAAAGCCUGAGGGCAAACCACUUACACCUCUUCGAGAAAUGUUAGCAGGUGCUGGAGCCGGUACCUGUCAAAUAGUCGUAACAACUCCCAUGGAGCUUCUGAAGAUCCAACUUCAGGACGCUGGCCGGACUCAGAAAAAUCCCGCCUCGGCGAUUUCAGACCGGCCGCAGCGUCUAUCAGCCACACGCAUUGCUCUACAACUGCUUCGGGACAAGGGGAUCUUUGGUCUUUACCGUGGAAUGGCAGCUACUUUUCUCAGGGAUGUUACCUUCUCCGCCAUGUACUUCCCUCUUUUUGCUAACAUCAACUCUUUGAUUAGAAAUCUUAUUCUCUUGUUUCUAUUCUUCACCACGCUAAAGCCAAUGAAGGACGUAGAUAUUGCUGACUCUAGAAUAAGGAGCAAACCGCUGCAACCCGUCAAAGAAACAAGUGAACUCAAUCCCUUGAUCAGCCGUCUGCCGAACGGUUAUGCUAUUACUCCUCUUUCUGACCUGGGCCAUCUAUCUAUUCCCUACGCUCUUGUCUCACUCCUGCCCUAUCACAACCUCUGA